AUGGUAGUGAGCUUCUAUGCCAUUUUUAAAAGAGCUGCGGUCAAUCCUAACAAUUUGUUGGAAAUUAUCUUGCAGGGGAUUCCGCUUCAGACGCGAAAGGUGCUUGGAAAAGCAGACUUGAAAGCGACGGACCUUUUUGACUUACCGCUUAUUCCCGACAAAUGUAUGCAUCGGUUGGUGUAUAUGGAUGUUGCUACAGAGCUACGUGACGAGCAAAUAUGCCGCGUUAAGAAGUUUAAGGCCUGUUCAACGUUUUACAAAGCAGCAAAGCCCAUGGUAAACCUGAAAGAAGCAUCGAGAGUCAGUCUUUACGUUGGUUCGUCCAUGCGUAAGGCGGGAUCGUGGCAUCGGAUUGAGCAUGAGAAUGCAGCAAAUCAGCCUGAGUCAAGCCGUGAAGGCAUGCAUUAUCGUGAGAUAUCAAAAUCCAACGUCGUCACCAAUUUUAGAAUGAUUGGCGUAUGGAAGAAUAUUUACGCUGAUGACAGCUAUGUUACUCAAGACGUUGAUCGGUGGCUUGUUACAAUGGUGGAAGGGUUAAUGAUGGUAUAUCUCGGCAUUUAUACAGAGCAAAAUGCCGCAACAUGGAGACCAGACAUUGUACUUCAUCUUCAUAUAACUUAG